AUGGGUCCACGCUUGGUUGGACUCUGGGUUUAAGGAAGCUUGUCCGCCCGGCAGUCGGAGCGGAGGGGGACUCGGCGGUGAGAGCUGCUGACGGACACCGAAAUACCUCCACGACGGCUCUCUGAACAUCUUAAACCAAACCCGGCUGUGUGCACACUGUGGCGGCUGGUUUCGUGUCACAUCCAGGCUGAACAAUGUGAUUGUGAUCGGAGGCAGCGGCACUCCAAUGGUCGAGGACCUCACCAUACUUCACUAGAAUGUACUUGAUGAAUGUACCUCCUGUCGCAGCGACGCAAACAGAAUGGAGAACAUGUGGCCCUCCUGGAGGCUAUAGCCUUCCAGCCUGCUUCAAUGACUCUGACACAGAGUUGUCCACCAGAGGCACACCUAUCUCAGACAAGGUCCAGAUGAUCAUAGAGAGCCUUCGGAGCACCCAGUCCUCACUCGAGAUGGGCGACGAGAUCGAGGGAAAUGUGCUAUCAGGACAGGAGGGUCAUCCCCAAGUCUGCAAGGUUGCAGUGGGUUCUUACGUGGGAGCUAAGUCCCAAACUAAAUGCCCCACUGAAAACCCGCAUGCAGAUGUUUCCUCCCCAAACAACCACGAGAGCAGUGACUCUGACAGUGAUGAUUCUGUGGACAGAGGAAUCGAGGAGGCAAUACUGGAAUACCUGAAAGAAAAAGAUGAUCACAAACGCAAAGUGGAACCGUGCUCCACUUUUCUUCAAUCAUCCAAAAUUCCCAGAAAAAAUGUAUCCAUUCCUGAGGUUUCCAAACAGAACUCUGACAGCAGUACAUUCUUGAUUACGAAUAGCCAGUUUCCCAAAAGUGUCAAAGCUGAGACCCCUACAGUACCAGCUGGUAUACCUAUAAAAAAGUAUAUUAAAAACAAGGCGUCCCUAAAUGAAAACGCAUUUAAGGACUUUGAAUUGAAUAAAUGUUCAAGUACAAGUUUAGUCAGUUCAAAAGAACCAGUGAAGAGCCCCUCAAAAUCAACCACCCUCUGCAACAAAACUGUCAAAUUACCAAUCACAGUAAAAGUGAAGGAAGAGUCAAAUGAUUCCAGCAGUGAUGACGGCAUUGAAGAGGCCAUUCAGAGAUACCAGUUGGAAAAAAAGGAGCAGCAGAAUAAAAGGGAAGUUUUCAAUCCACACGCUUUCGAAGGGGAGUCCGACUCCACAAGUGAUGAUGGGAUUGAAGAGGCUAUUCGCCACUACCAGCUCGAGCAGCUCAAGGAGAAGAAUAUCCUGAAACCAUUCCUACAUGAGCAAAAACCCUACAGUAAGUCACUAAUACAUGCUGUUGGGAGCAUGAACAUGGAAAGCAUGAAGAAACACAAACUUAAGAAAAAAAGGAGCAAAACAGAGAAAGAAGGUAAAUCUUUGCAACCCCCUGCUUCAUCUGUUUUCAUACCCAAGACUACACUUUCAGACAGGUCCAGAAGUAAAGGAAAUGGACUACUUUCAUUGAAAGCAGAAGGUUUUAAGGAGCAACCAGCCCCUGCACCUUCAAAGGUUAAUACAACCGCAGAACUCAUGUGCGCUGAGGCCAUCCUGGACAUUUCAAAAACUGUUAUGCCUGAGGCCUUCCAGCAUAGUGUUGGCCUCAGCAGUUGUGCCACCACCGAAUCUUCCAUGCAGUCUUCUGUUCCUGACAAUUGCCCGUAUGAAGAAAGCAAUGACAGCUCAAUUGACAGCGAAGAUGGGAUUGAACAAGAAAUCAGGAAGUUUCUAGAGCAGAAGGCUCAAAUGCACAAACAGCCGCCCAGCUCUGCUGUGAUUCAAGAGCCUCACCAUGCAAAUGUACCAGACCAAGUGAAAGCAAAAGAAGGGACUUUCCAAAAGAGACCACACAGAUUGUCUUUAACCCACAGAAAAAGACAGAAAGAGAAAAGCUUUAGUGUUUGCAACAUGUCAGGGACAGAUGACAUUGUUAAAGAAACAAGCACUAAGGCUUUACCUGAGCAUAUGGAAGAAUCAAACAUCUUAGUGUUUUCCCAGAGAAGUCAGACACAACCAAUCACUGGAUUACACAAGACAGACCAAAGUGGAGACAAAAGCAGCUCACUUGACAGUGAUGAGGAUCUAGACACUGCAAUAAAAGACCUGCUCAAGACAAAAAAGAUGUCAAAGAAAAAGAACCGAGACCUAAAGCGGAAACCAAGGAAGUGCCUCAAGGAUGAAGAGCCACUGUUAGGAAGUGCUUCACAGGCUAAAAAGUUAAAACCUGAUCCUGUUUCCAAAUUUUGUGCUUUGAAAAAAGUCCACAAGAGCAAGGGGGACUUGAAAGACAAGUCUGGAUUGAACAAAAAGAGUGUUUCACAACUUAAGCAAAUUCAGAAAAGUAAGGAGCAUGAUUUGCAUGAAGGUGAAACGGAGAGACUGAAAGGAGCUGAGAAUCGAGACACCCAAUUACUGCAGGCUGUUGAAGCUGCUCCUCAGAUGAAGGAAGAUAGCAGCUCUGUAGACAGCGAUGAUAGCAUCGAGCUAGAGAUCAGAAGGUUUCUGGCUGAAAAGGCCAAAGUUUCCACUGUAGAUAAAAGUAAAGACGGAGAUGUUUCGAGGAAUGGUACAGUCCUGGUUCAUACCCCACUCAGAGAUGAAGACAUUAAACAGGAAAAUCAGCUGGCUGAGGUUCCCACAAAAAUCAGUCCUCUCUCUGGACAGCGUCCUUUUAUUAAUCCAGCUCAAGAUAGACCACUACGUCCAACGUCACAGAGUUUGCUGCCUGACAUGUCUAAUGUUAGUGCGCGUUCACAUCUGCCCUCAGUCCAGUCCUGCAGCCCCAGUCAUCUCGAGCCAGCAGAUGGAGCAGGGGCAGCUAGAACCGAGCAAAGGAGGCUUAACGCUGGGAGAGGCAUCAUCCACAAUGUCACACCACAGAUGGAGAGAGUUCGACCAGUUUUGAGUCUUAACGCUGCACAUUCUCGCUCAGAGUCAAACAAGUGGCGCCAGAGCCUGGGACUCCCCACAUCCGAUACGAGGGCUCUCAGUCGGACUCCAUUCCAUAUUACCUCGUCUGAAAUCAGCGAGACUGCAUCAGCAACUCUGCCAUAUCAAAGCGAGGCCAUCAGCUACAAAAUACAGACUCCAGGCAACGUUUGGUCCUCUGCAAGGACCGGCAGAGCACCAUUCGCCUGCACGACAGAGACAAGUGUAAAUACCCCGUUCAGAUCCUCUGUUCUGAAUUUUGUUUCUACUGCCAGGCAGCACCCGAAGAUGUCCUUCACACGGAGCCUUGUGCCUGCCUACAGCUCUAUGGAAGGAGAUAAACAGAGUAUGGUGCAUAUAUCCAAGGACAAGAGUGUGUUUGUCGAACUGGAAUCUAACAGGACCAACCAUGUCCAGGUUCAAAGCAGGGACAGGAGCGAGGGAAGGGAGAGGGUGGACUUGCUAAGUGAGAAAAAAAGAGAAGGCGAGAGCAUGAAGAUAGCUAAUAAAGAAGUACAUCAAGAGAGAAAGGAGGAAGAAUUUAUAGACGAGGCAGAGUGUGAGUCAGGCGACAGGAGAAAUCCAGAAAAGAAGCAGGGCGUUUCCACAUUGUCUUUGUCCAGUGCCAUUGACCCUGGCAUCACCUUCAGCCCUUGCAUAGCUCUAACAUCAGAGGACAGAGGCAGGAUGUUCAACAGGAGGUAUCUGGCUGAAAAAUGCAAGAAGGGGAUAGCUUCUCUCAGCAGUGUUCCUCUGCACAACAAGACCAUGCAGCGGGUCAAAAGAAAGCUUCAGUUUGUUCCAGUGAACAGGUAUGUGGCUGCACCCAAGGCAUCUCCUCAGUGAAUGACAAUCACAUUCUACAUCUUUUUGGCUUAGACAGUUUCCUUCCUUUUGCAGGUGAAGGUCCCAAGCCAGCACAGCAAAACAGAUUAAACUUGGUGUUCGGUUUUCAGCAGUGCAUAGAGAUUCUGAUUGACGUUACAGUCUGUGGUUUCAGUAAUUGUGUAGCAUCUCACGGAGUGUUUAUCACGCGUGCUGUUAGUUUUCAGUUUAUAAGCUAAAUGCAGUUUAACAUUUUGGAUUUUGGCCAUUUAACAGUAUGUUUUUGUUACUGUUGAUUUUGAACAAUGCUUAGCAAUUUUAAAAUGUUAUAAUUAAUUAUAUAGUAGAAAGACUACAGUUUGUUUCCUUAAUAUAGUCAGUUAAGGGCAUCUCUUUCCAAUUUUGGCUAAAACAUAAAUCUUCAAGCCCAAGAACUUCUUGAUUAUUUGCACCAUUAGUCCUAAGUACACUUUUACAUUUUAUUUUUCCUUAUAUGGUUCCAGUGUGGAAAACCUAAUAUAGCAUGGGAAUUUUUCAUUACACAUUGUGCAUGGACUUGUAUGAAUCCUAUUCAUACAACAGUUAUUUUUGUUAGAAAUGGUGUCUAUAUUUCCACAUAUUUGACUAUGUAUUUCUUUAAAAUAAGGUUGGUUGUCUUUCUUUAAAACCUUUCAUGGCUGCGUAACAUAAUUUUACUGCUGUUGGCGGUGUUGUAUUUGUGUUUCAAU